AUGAAGCAAAUCGAGGGCGAGAAGAAGGAGAAGAAGGCUGAACAAGAUGCAUUGGAUGCAUUGCGAGAGUUAAAGGCCCAGAAAGAACAUCUUGAGAAAGACUUGAACGAGCUUCGUCGAGAACUUGAAGAAAAAGAAGUGCAGAAUAACCUUCUCAAGGACAGUGAAGCUCGCCUUCUUGACUCGGUGGACGAAUAUGGAGCGCAGGCUGAAAGAUAUCAGCAAGAAACAGAAAGGCUGCAGAAAGUUGUGGACGUCUUAGAAAAAGAAAGAAAUACGCUAGAACAAGAGGUCGAGGAAAAAGUUGUGGACGUCUUAGAAAAAGAAAGAAAUACGCUAGAACAAGAGGUGGAGGAAGUAAAAAGGAGCGACUUUGAACAUAAGCAGCGACAGCAGGAAACCGAAGAAAGCACCUCGACAGCAUCGUCUAUUGAUUCUCAAGAAUAUAAGAAUAUUGUUAGCCGACUAGAAACUACCACAGCCGAACGAAAUGAGUUACGUAGCCGCCUGGAGAAGUCGGAGUCUCAAUUGAAUGUAUCUCUUCAGGAGAAAAUGGCUAUCACCCGAGCAUAUGAGCAACUUCGCACUCGACUGGCUGCUCGUCGUAAAGCAAUGGCUGGCUCAGCUGAAACCUCUAGGCGAUCCUCUGUAGUCGCUUCGGAAGUCGAUAUACCAGAAGAACCCCGACGAUCUGAAGAGCCUGCUCCAUCCACCACUGCCACAUACUACUCUCAUCAGGUGCGCAUGUCUUCAUGA